AGAAGACGGAGCACAGGGGAAUGCGAAGGGGACCGGAGAGGCUGACACAGGCAUUGCUGCAGUCUCGGAACCAUAUCGACCAACGCUCUUGAAGCGCGACAAAUACGACAUCGACGACAACAGCCUUCUCUUUCCGAACUCGACUUCUGCAUUAUCAAUGCUGUCAAAUCCACCUGCCAUGAGCGGGCUUCACUCGCGACAACGCCAGCAUCGGCGGCAGAACUCCACGCCCUCCGCCUUUGAAGCAGUGAAGAUUGCCCCGCUACCCAAGCUCCAGCAACGACCGCCAACGGCCCACAGGCGAGGUCUUAGCUUGGACACGCGGCAACAGCAAUCCGUCUCGACAACACCUGCGACGCCGAGGCGGGACCAUUCGGCGGUAAGUAUCACGACAAAUAACCCAGGAUCAGCCACGACACCACAGCAUAUAUUGCAAGUAGCGCAGCAGCAACGCACAGCACGCCCGGGCCCCAACCUGCCCAACUUCACCGACCGAGACGACGGCGACUCCUUCCUGCUGUCACCUCAGGUCUCGCUUAGAAGCCAGCACUUCGCUGGCGGAGUGCCAAUAACCGACGAUCAUUGCCUGUCGAUGGAUACAUUUCCCGGGUCUCUCGCAAUAUUCGAGAAGGGAACGAAUCUAGUCGACUCCGCCCAGUGUUCGGCCGAUCUCGAUUUCUUCACUUCCCAAAGCGCGCUGUCCACGCCCACCCUCAUGACCUUCCCAGACGCCAGUCCCGCUGGAUCGGUUGAGGGCUGGACUUCGGAGAGCGACACAGCGAGCACUCACUCGCGACGGGCCUCCCGGCGGAUAAGCAACGGGAUUCUGGACAAGGUUGCCAAAUUUGAAGCCUUGGGAAGCGGUCUCGAUGUCCCGUUGCAGAGGCCAUGCACUCCCAGCAGCCAGACUGGGAUAGCCUCUUCUCCACAGACUCCAGUCCUCACCCCGGUCAAGGUAGAAGCCACCUAUAUCCAGCCUCCGAACAGGUUCUCAGCCGACUACGACGAAUCCAUGGAGGAGACACUCAAGCCGGUCAAGAGCAACAGGUCCAACAAUCGCAACUCGGGCAUUUUCCAGGAGCUGCGCCAGCAGGCAGAGGCCAUGGCCCGGACUCCGCCGCGUGCCAACAGCAUCCCCAUGGCGAUGAACCAGGUGCCUGGGACGCCAGAGUUCAUGAACAUGCGCAACAUCAGCGCCGAGUUCAAGAAGAUUGAGCGUGCCUUUGGCAUGUCCAGCGGCCCGCUGGAAAUGCCCGCGACGAUCCUACCGAACGUGGGGCAGCCGGGAGCUUUCGGCAACAAGCCAUCUCUACAACCCUCUGUCAAGUUCGACUCAGGGGAACCCAAUGCCAUUGGUGCACGUCCACCAAGCAGUGCGACACCGUCUCGGCGCAGCUCCCCACACCGGCGGACGCAGUCAGUUGCUUCCAUGACCAGCGCUGCUAGUAUUGCCGACAUCAACAUCGAGGAGACCAGGACGGAAACCGGAGUCACGCUCGAGGACAUCGCCGCCUUCAUCCAAGGACCGGACCCGGAAACGGGCAAGUGGGUGUGCCUGUACGAGAACUGCAACAAGCCGUUCGGCCGGAAAGAGAAUAUCAAGAGUCACGUCCAGACACAUCUCAACGACCGUCAGUACCGGUGUCCGACGUGCAAAAAGUGCUUCGUGCGCCAGCACGACCUGAAGCGGCAUGCGAAAAUCCACACUGGCAUCAAACCCUACCCCUGCCAGUGCGGCCAAAGUUUCGCUCGCCACGACGCGCUCACGCGACACCGACAGCGUGGCAUGUGCAUCGGGGCGUACGACGGAAUCGUCCGCAAAGUGGCGAAGCGAGGCCGGCCGAAGAAGAUCCGGCCGGACAUGGAGGAACGGCGCGACAAGGCAGAGCGCACGCGGCGCAAGAACAAGCUGACCUCGGCCGGCUCGGCCAGCAGCCAGUCCGGAUACUCCGACAGCUCGGCCGCCAACUCUCCCCACAACGACUUCGACGGCCUGCUCGACGAGGACCCGUUCCCCGGCAUCGCCGAGACGGCCAUGCUCUCCCUCGCCAGCACGCCACCCGUAACCAUGAACCCCACCGACCUCAGCGUCUCCAGCGCUCCCAUGUCCAGCACCACCAUCGCCGAAGCCUUCACCGCCCUAUCACCCUCCGCAAUGAGCGACUACUCCCACCCGUCCCACACCUCCGCCUCCCACCUCUCCCUGGUCAACUCCCCGGCGCCAAGCCACGCCACCCUCAACCUCCACCUCCCACCCCCGGCCCAACACGAACACCAGCAACAACAACAGCAGCAGCAGCAACAGCAACAAGAAUACCACCACGCCCCGCCAUCCCCAGCGAAGAGCAUCACCUCCCACCACCCCCACCACCCCCACCAGCAGCACCAAGCCUACACGCCAGUCCCCGGCACGCCGCCAGGCCUCUCCUCAACAAGCUCCCCGCCCCCGACAGGCUCCAGCGCGCGGUUCUUCGAGCUCGAGGGCGCGGAGCCGGAGACGCAGCACGCGCGCGUACCCGACGAGGACCAUCUCGAGCCGGGCAACAGCAGCGUGCUGUCGGACGCGAGCAGCAUCGGGCUGGGCACGACGGUGGCGGCGCGGGCCGCGGCCGACGCGCUGCCCGCCGACCAGCAGCAGCACCAGCUGCAGCUGCUGCUGGGUGGUGGUGGCGGCGGCUGCGGCGGCGAUGACGAGGAGGAGCUGUUCCUGCAGUUUGCGGAGAGCGGGCUGGUCAGUUUGGAUCAUGCGUCGUUUGUGCUGGGCGGCGGCAAGUUUGAGAAAGCUGCUGGUGGUGGUGGGGUGGGGGCUGGUGUGAGUGUGGGUGUGGGUGUGGGUGGUGGAGGCGGGGAUGAUGAGUUUGAUCCGGUCAGUAUGUUUACAAAUGGGGAUGAUUUGUAUUUUGGGACUGUCUGAUGCUCUCUCGGGCUCGCUUGGAGUGGGGGCUGGUGUUGGAUUGCUUGUUCGUUUGGGUUUUUUUUCUUUGGUUUAGACUGGCCCUGUCUCAUGAGAUCGGGCUAUCGGUGACGAUUUUGUGUUUUCAUUCU